UGAGCAUUUGCGCAGAUAGUCUGCGCUGCCUUUCGCGACAGCUUUAGCAGCAGCCUCCGGGAAGUUUGGUGCUCGCUGUCUCCGCCCGAACCGCGCAGUGAGGCUGUCACCGGGAAACAGAGCACCUCUACCGCUACAACAGCGCCAGCAUCACGGCUUCAACAUGGUGAUCAAAGUCUACAUAGCAUCGUCCUCCGGAUCCACUUCGAUUAAAAAGCAGCAGCAGGACGUGAUGGGCUUCCUGGCGGCCAAUAAGAUCGAGUACGAGGAGUGUGACAUUGCCGCCAACGAGGAGAACAGGAAGUGGAUGAGAGAGAACGUACCGGAAGAUUCAAGGCCCACCACGGGGAACCCACUGCCCCCCCAGAUCUUCAAUGAGACCAAGUACUGCGGGAACUAUGAAGCCUUCUUUGACGCUAGAGAGGACAACGCUGUGUAUGCAUUUCUGGGUCUGACAGCUCCCCCAGGCUCUAAGGAAGCAGAGGCUCUAUUGAAGAAGAUGCAGGACCAAUAGUAGCUUUGGAAGUCCGUCUACAGUGUAAUCCAAGUUUGGACCAGACCUGGACCUAAACAGGAGCUGAAGGCCUUUGCUAUUUCAAUCUGUGCAUAAUUGUUGUGGUGUUUUUUUAUAAUUACGUUCAAAGCCGUGCCUUGCCAGCUCGAGUGACAAGAGCUUUUUACGAACUGCUCUCUUGCAAGCACUCAGCCUAUAAUAAUACAGGCCUAAUAAUAUUACUUCAAUCACCACAAGCACCAGUGUGAAUGAGCUUUGUGGAGCUUUAUGUCUUUAAAUAGCGUUGUUCACAAAUAGUCAUGUUUAAAUGUGCAACCAUAGUUAAGUCAGUUUAUGUUUACUGCAACAGAAGUGAGCUGGUUCUUUGACCUAUUCAAUUCCCUAUUUACUCAGUAUGAUACUUAUUCCACUCAAAUGUACAACACAGGCAUAGAAAAAAAAUGUUUUAAGGUGUACUGUGUACUUGAAAGCUUUGUUUGAAUAUUCCACAGUAUGGCAUUAAACUUAUCUAUCUUUUAUUCAAGUACUGCUGAGAAAAAUACCUUAAAAAGCAUGUAUUCUUAGUGUGAGCGGGGUCAGCUCUCUACAGAUCUGACCUGUAACUCGAUCUCGUUGCAUCAUCUAAUGGUCUCCGCGGAGAUAGAUCAGUUAAAUGCCAUGCUGCUAAACAAAGCCAUGGAGACAAGCAAGUGAGGGGAUGUUACACAGUGUAGCUUUAAAAUAUAAAUAAUUCUAUAGCUCUUAAACCAAGCAAGGUGCAUCCAAUGUUAUGUGCAUGCACUGGGAAUACUUGCUUACUUGCAUUCUUGGCAUUCCACUGAUCAUACAGAAUUAUUGCCUGACCAGCCAGUCCCUUUUGCAUUCUGCUUGAGUCUUGAGACGAUCCAACCACAGCUGCUGUUUUUUAGCACGUGUCUCUUAAAUCAGAAGACAUCUCUCGAAAAUUCUCGUAACAUUCAGAACAAAAUAUACAACUUCUUUUCCCGGAGAUAAAUAACAGUUUGGUGCUUUGAUUGUUGAUUCUGCAAAAAAUCUGUGCUGUUUCCAAUCCUAUUAUUUUAUUUUUUUUCCUUAUUUUACGUGUAAGCACCCUUGUUUGCUGUUGACCCUAAUAGAUCAUGCGUCUCUCUUUGAUUGGUUAAUCUGUCUGUCAGUCACGCCAUCUGUAAACAUGAGACAGGACACAGCUCCAGAUCCACUCGUCUCUGUAAUGUUUUGUCAAAGUGUGUGGUUCUGCUGGUCAGGUCAAUUAGAAUCUGGUAUAAACUUUGCACUGUGUAACUUUCCUUUUCCAUGGAGAUGCUAUCACUCAAUGUUCCAGUAAAGCAUUAAACCUAUCCAACUUGCAAAUAACAAUCAGUUACAUGGGUUUUUAUUGACCUAAAAACUUGCAUUCUCACUGCGAGAGGGCUCGCUUUGCCACAGAUCUGACAUGUAACGUGUCAACGGCUGUCUCCUUAGAGGUAACUAAGUGUAAUGCCAUACUGUGGAACAUUUCAAACAAUAUCUCCACGUAGAGAAGCAGAUAACGGACCAUCAUUCAGAAAAGUUACACAGUGCACCUUAAACUAUGAUGACAAAAAAACACUUUAACAGUAUGGUGGGAUUUUUUGUGUCUGUCACAUUGCUAUAAUUUUAUUUUGGACAAUUUUAUCACAGUUGUACACAGUUGUAUGGAGUAGCAGACUAUAUGUAUAUAUACAUUAUACACGUCACAAAAAGGAACCAAAUUUAGCCUGUGUUCUCAACCUUAUAGACCAAAAUGAUAAGAAAACAAUGGUGUACAAGUUCAGGGAAACAGAAGAGGAAGUUAAACGGCAAGACGUGACGUUGGUCCUAUUUUUAUGUUCAAUGUUCUAACUUGUCUCCAUUGCAUUAGCACGAUACAUUCCCUGGUAGACUAAUUAAAUAUUAAUACUACUCCUACUUUAAAUGACAUUUCAGUGGUCUAUUUGCUGUGGUCUGAUUCUCUCUAUCUUGGCCACUCAUCACCAUUUGUGUGUUAAAACAAAACACAUUUCACUGAUCUUUUACUUAUUUGGGGUCAGUUGAGCUGUUCACUCUCCCAAGAUGCGUUUACAAUGUUAGACUUUUUUUAAAUUUGCAUGUCUGUGGAGAGGGAGAGGAAACAAGUCAGACCACAUGUAUUUUUUCUGCUUCUGUGCACCCAUACAAAUAAUAUAGUGGCUAAACUUGCCCAUUACUACAACCACAGAUAAGAAAUACUGGACUGUUAAUUGAAGUCAAAAACUCACUUGUACUUUUUCUAACCUAAAUAAGUUUUCUUUGCCAAAAUAGCACCUUUUGUAGUUUUUAUUAGCCAUUUUGGUAACACUUAAAGGUACACUAUGUAACUUUUUGGUUGGGGUUCGUCGUCGUUUUGUUUCUCUGUUUGCUCUGCCUGGAAUGUUCCACAGUAAAUACAUAAACAUAAACAGAUCUACUUUACAUUUAUUCAGUUACAGGUGCUUUUAUAGCUCAAAAUUGCUCCACAGAUCUGACCUGUAACUUGGCCUGGUUUGGUGUCCAUGAUGAAAAGUUUAAUGCCAUACUCUGAAUCAUUCCACGCAAUAACAUUUCCAUGGAGACAAGCAUUUGGGGGACCCUUCACCCAAAAAGUUACGCAGUGCAUCUUUACAUGUAUAAGAACCACAUAUUGAUCCCUAACCACAUGGUAAUUUGUAUGCCAUGGUAAAUAGAUUUUUAGAUAAUAUUUUGUAUUUAUAAAGCACAAAUGUGUAUAAUGUCCAUAGUUAAUAAAGUGCAAUUGCAUCCUUUGCUCAUAAGUAUUACGUCCAUCCUCCCUUCAGACAGAUAUAAGGCAGUGUCCACAAGCAACCCAUGGAUCUAUAAUAAGAACAGCAAUCUGAGUUUAAAACAAUUGCAUCAAGAUCACAAAAAAUACAGAAUAUUGAAAUGGUAUUGAAAAGUAAUAGUAGGCCUUUUGGAUUUAAAAAGUGAUUAAGACUUUUUCUUUUGCGAUUAGUAAAGUAAAGUACUUUAUAAAUACAAAUAGAAAUAUCUAAUACACUUCUUUGUAUACAAUUUAUUACUAUCUAACCAUUAAUAUGUGGUCCUUAAAUUAGUGUUAGCCAGUUUUCUAAUGGUUUUAUGUUUACCUAUAACAUUUUGUUGUUGUGUAUUGUUGAUUUUUGUUUAUGACCAAACUCUCCAGACAAAAGGAUGUGAAUGGAUUGUUUGAGUUGUUGUUUGAUCACAUUGUGCCCUGUUCUUCAUUGUCUUAAAGUGGCAAUUCCAGUUUUACACAAUCACAAGGUCCUUAAACAAAAUUGUUAUUAGAAUCUACUUGUUAGAAAAAAAAACAAAAAACUGCAUUUGUAACUGAACUGUUAUUUUUAUGUUGAAUAAAUGGUUGUAAGUUUAAGAAAAGUGUA